CCGCGCGGCAGGGGGCGGAGCGGGGGCAGAGGCGCGCGAUGGCGGCGGCGGCGGCCGGGCCCGAGGCGGCGCUGCGCGCUCUGGCCCAGCGGCUGGGACUCGCCGCCCGAGCGGAGCGGCUCUCGGAGGCCUCGUCGGCCCCCGGCUGCCUGGAGACCGUGAGGCGGCUGACGGGCCUGUUCCGGGAGGCGCGGCCCAGAGAAAUGGCAGAAGAAAGUAUGUUCCAGAGUCUCCUGAAAAUCUUGACUAAAGCCUCAUGUGAAAUGGAAUUGACCUGCAAGGAUUCCAUGGAACUGACAACUCUAGACACAUGUUUGCUGCUUAUAGCAGAAUGUUUCAGAUGUCUACGGAAUGCCUGUGUUCGGUGUGCCAGGAAUCAAGAUGUUAUGAGGAAUUUGGGUCUGAUUGAAGUGUCUGUCCACUUGAUCCAGUUGCUUCAUGGAUUAGAAGUUGAAAAGGAAUCAUUAUUCGCUGCUUUACGUUGUAGCCUCCAGUUUCUUGGAAACCUUGCAGCAGGAAAUGGAGAUUCCCAGAAUAGCAUUUGGAAAUGCGCUUUCCCAGAUCUUUUCUUGAAUUGCCUCAAUCACCAUGAUGAGAAAAUUAUUACCUAUUCUUGUAUGGUACUGUUCACCUGCCUUAAUUCAGAGAAAGUGAGAGAACUACUGGAGCAUAAGAACUUGAAUAUAGCUCUUGCUGUUCUAAAAGUCUAUAGAAAGCAGCUGGAGUCUGAAUGGUCGUUCUUGAUUGUUACAGACCAUUUGCUGAAAUGUCCAGAGCUCGUAAAAGUCAUGUAUGCCAAACUGAGUAAUCAAGAAAGGAUUACUUUGUUAGAACUGAUAAUGGCCAAAAUAAGUGAGAGAAAUUCAAUGACCAGUGAUGAAAUGGCAGUGCUCUUGAAAGAUGUGGAAUUUCUUGCAAGCGUUUUCCAGGAGAAAUGUCGCGAUGUGCUCAAAUUAACUUCUGCUGCAAAUACAGAAGAUGAGGAAGCAAUAGUUACAAUUCGGCUUCUUGAUGUUCUUUGUGAAAUGACAUCAAACAAUGAACAACUAGAACAUCUGCAGACUUGUCCUGGUUUGCUUGAGACAGCUGUGGACACUUUGCAGCUAACUCACCUGGCUGGGAAACAGACUACAAAUAUCUUCACUGCCACACAUUCUAUGACAGGGGAGGAGGAAAUUUCACAUCCAGCUGUGGGUUUUAAAUCACACCUCAUUCGUUUGAUUGGAAAUUUGUGUUACAAGAAUAAGGAAAACCAAGACAAGGUUUAUCGUUUAGAUGGAAUUCCACUGAUCCUGGACAACUGCAGUAUUGAUGACAACAACCCUUUUGUGAAUCAGUGGGCCGUGUAUGCCAUCCGAAAUCUCACUGAGCAAAACGAAAGAAACCAAGAGGUUAUUGCGCAGAUGGAACAGCAGGGACUGGCAGACAAUUCCAUCCUCAAGAACAUGGGUUUGGAGAUUGAGAGACGAGAUGAGAAGCUAAUAUUGAAAUCUGUUCGAAAGAACCCAGCUUUAUGAGCAGCCACAUGUAAACUUUUUGAGGAUUGUCACCAAGUAAAAAGAGGGAUAUUUCCCAAAUAAUACAAUAUGAAGGCCCUGUUAGAUUUCUUUUUCUUUUUUUUUUUCCAGUUUAAGUUCCAACCUGCUGGAAGUAUUAUGACCUUUUCCAGAGAAAUUGUAAAACAAUAAUGGUCAUUCACCACUGUGAUACAUGAACACCACAAAUGCAAAAACCUUUUCAAAACGGGGGAUUGGUGGUAAUUUCAUUAAUUCUUUGUUUUGCUAGUGGAAAAGAUUCAUGAAGCCAGGAAACUGAUUAGUGGUUAUUUAUCUCAUUUGUUAUACCUGAAGAUAAUAAUGAUUAAAAAAUCACUAUGAGGUAUCACUUCUGUGAUGUGUUAAAAGCAGCAGUGCUGAAUCAGUUCUAACUAGCUAAUUUAGUAAAUGUUGUUACUUAAAAAAAUAUCAGAAUGUUUAAAUAUUUGUAUUUAUAUAAUAUAAUGACAGUGAGAGAUUGGAUGUAUAUAAAUACUUUCUGAAUUAAACACACACAAUGCUGCUUUCUGUGUAUUUAAAUUAUUCAUAAGUUAUCUUUUCUACCUUGUUACUUUUAGUCUUUAUGCUUAGUAUGUUGAAAACAAAGUUGAAGCUGUUGUAGCAACAGAUGCUGCAUUCCUCUGCUCUGGGGCAUGUCUGUAUUUUAGAGACUUGGAUGUUUAUUUGAAUUUUAUUUGUUCCUUUGGAUGGUAACUCAACCCACUCUCCUUUUAUUUUGCACUUCUCAUGGGUUUUCUGAAUUCUGGCAGACGGCUGAAGAGGUAGUUUCUCACUGUGAUUAAUUCUAGGAGUUUCUUUUCACCCCUCCGCCUUUCCAAAACAUUGACAAAACUCAUUUCCAGUUAAUUAAUUCAAAAGAGGCUGAAGAAUGGAAGGCCCUGCCUCUUCAUUUUAGGUACCCUCCUAUAUUGUUGUUGGACCCAGCCACUGUGGAAUGUGGCAUGAAUGAGAUGGGUGGAAGAAAAACUGCAUUAUUAACUCUUCUUGUUCUGAACUGUUGCUUUAGAAAUUAAGGCACAUGGCUCUUGAUGCAUAAAGCAGAACAAAAGUUAUUACCUGAUGGUAAUUUUUUUUAACUCUAUAUAUACUACUGCUAUGAAUGAAUUCUGUUCUGUCUCGCAAAAGAGUCUGAUUAAAUUAAAUUGCUCAUGUUCAACUAUCACUUCACUCAUCACUUUAUUUGGAAUAAUAAACUUUUGUCACUAUAAAUGUAUUAGAGUUUAAACAACCAUAUUCAAAGGGAAAAUGAAUGUAGUUUUUUAAACUCUAAGACAUUUAUAUGUAUGCUUAUCUGCAUCCUGAAUUAUUGGGGGAAGCUUAAAUCCUUCCAUUUAAACACAUGAUCUAGGCAUUUAUAGUGCUCACUUGACAUGGCCAUAGAGCUGACUGGAUGAUAUUAUUGUCCAGCAGUAGUGCACUCAUUUUAGGCAAUGUUUGGCUUUAGGCUGGGGGCUAUGAGCUGCAGCCACUUUUAGUUCUUCAGCCAUUUUAUGUAGUAAAGUGUCUAAAAACACAAAGAUGAUCACAUGCACCAAGGUAGGACUAUCACUUCUGUAGUUUUAAAACGUCUCCUUUCUAAUAUAAACACUAAAGGGAGAAAAGGUUCUCUUUGAUUUCAAAAGACCAAAUGUGUUGCCUAAAGAAAAACAACAAAAUAAAUAUCUUAUUUGGGAUUUUUAAAUGAUGUGGCAGAAAAGUGUAUGACGGCACACUGGAAGAAGUUUUUAAUUGCUUCAUCUGUUGCAUUCCAGUUUAUAAAGGCUAUAUAGGAUUCAGUACCAUCUCUAGUUUAAUGGCACAGGGAAUACUUUUUGUGUUCUUUGUGGAGUCUACACUGUCAGUUCCUUGAUAACUCCCAUAAAAUUUACACAUCAUGUUUAGGCUGCAGCUUACCUAGUAGUUAAAUCAUUUAAGAUCAGCUGUAUGUAUUAUCGUUCAUAGCACUGAAGUAUGGCAACUCAGUUCUAUCAAGCAGUUAAAGAAAAACUCUUUCAAUUUUUAGGUUCUUUUGCUCAAAAUAAAAUACAUGUAAUAAAUGUAGUAGUGUUUUUCUGUAAAAGUAAAUGGAUUUAAUCUUUAGGUUUUUUUAAUCUUAAAGAACUUUAAUGAAGGAUUUGUCAAAGGCACUAGCACUUAAAAAAUAAAAUGGAAGUGUUUAAACUUAAAAUUUUAAAAUAUCAGAAGAUUUUCAGAUUUGUUAACAUAUUUACAGAAUUUACAUUAGAUAAUAUAAUGCAGUGAUAAAAAUGUAAGAUGAACAAAAAUGCAAAGGAUGAAUAAAGUGAGCUUUCUGUGCAAACAAAAAUGCAAAGGAUUUCUUUCUAUUCUGGGUUAUAAAGAGUUAAAAUCUUGUCCACAAGCAAAUCCAGAUAAAUCUUUGGUUGUAGAAUAAGCAGUGGGAGUUCCCUUUUCCUUUUAACCAGUUUGGAAUAGACACUUUUCUUAACUCAAUGGUUUGUAUGCCCACCAAUGGAAUAUACACAAACCCAUAAGUAUAAGCCAAAUAAUAACAAACACAAAUAAAUAAAAGGGUUUUUUGUGGCAUUACAUAAUGGCGUAAUAGUUGUGUUUUUUUAAAUGAGAAAUGUAGGGCUUUCAUAGUAUAAAACAUGCUGAUUACUGUAUUGUGAGUGGCUGGCUUUUGAUUUUUCUGGAUGGAUUAAUUCUCGGAACACAACAGCUUCCCUGUCCUCCUCCAAUGGAGUUCCAGCCUCCAAGAGAUUUGUUUUCUAUGCUAGAGGAUUAAUACAGCAUACGAAUCAGUCAUUUAAAAAAAGCAAGCCUUAUUGAGUUUGUAGAGAGGCAAAGCAGUCAAAUCAAGUCUUGUGACCAUCUUAUUGCUUUCAAGAACUUUCAAACAAGGCCUAUUUAUUAAAAAUAAAGUGGGAUUUUCAUAGUAAUGAGUGGAUGGAUUUUAACAGGGUUUUUUGCAACUUGAGAGAAGUAGAUUUGAAUGUUUUCCAAUUUAUUUCUGAAUUGUAUCCUGGAUCAUCUAAUAAUGUUGAUGUGUUCUAUAUAAUAUGUACCUCAUGAGUAUUAAAAAAAAAUUUCAGAUA